CGACUUUAACUCGGCUACUGUCAUUUAAACGCUGUCCGAUUUUAUUUCUUUGCUGCAUCACCGACCAACAUGGACGCGGAUAAUAGUGCAACUCAUUCCUGCCAGCAAGAGUGCAUAGUCCGGAACCACAACGUGUCUACUGCGAAACCUAUCAGUGGAGGUGAAGAUGACGAGCACAUGCGCAAGAUAUUCAUUGGAGGAUUAUCUGUCCAAACGACCGCUGAGACCUUGCGUAGUUUCUUCCAGCAGUUCGGAACUGUGGCCGAUGCUGUUGUAAUGCGAGAUCCGGUGACCAGUCACUCCAGGGGAUUCGGGUUCGUGACCUAUGUCGAGCCUGGAUCCGUUGAAAAUGUCCAGAGGGCUCGGCCACACAACGUUGAUAACAAAGCUGUGGAGACCAAGCGUGCCCUGCCACGUCACGAGUUCUUCAAGCCAGGAGGAAGUGGCAUAAUUCCCGAAAUUGGUGGACUUGGAAACGGGGGAGUCGUAUCAAACAAAAUUUUUUUGGGCGGUCUCAAGGAUUGUCACGAUGAGGAAAACGUUCGCGAGUACUUUUCGCAGUUCGGAGGGGUUACCACCGUAAAAUUGCUAAUGGACAAGGAUACAGGUCGAAAGCGAGGAUACGGAUUCGUGGAGUUUGAGGAUCCCGUCUAUGCCGAACGGGCCUUAGCUCAAGUCAAGCACUCGAUCAAAUUGAACACGGUGGAGGUAAAGAGGUCCACCCAGAAACCGGAUCCCAGCAAGCGCCCCCAUUUCCCCAUCAGCGGAUCGGUGCGUGACCGCUACAUGGCUCCUCUUCCGUCCUCAAUGGACAGCUUCAGCUGCAGCACUAGCUACAAUCCGUACCUGGCACAAGCCCUCCUGCCACCAUCGGCGUUCAUCAAUGGUUGGGCUUCCUAUGUGACAUCUGUAGUGAAACCGGUGAACACCGCUCACUACGGCACUUACAAUCCAAAUCGUCACUAUCAGCCGCAGCCACCAUUAAACAUUCAUUCCGGAUACGGACCAGAUGUUUUCCCGAAACCUGGGAAAUAUGCUAACCACGAGUGGAAACCCAGCAAGGUCCGCGAGUGGCCACCAAAGGCUGGGCACAAACACGCCCAGACUUCGACCGCCGAUGGUCCUGGUCCCACCAACGAUUGCAAGUGCAUCCAGGCGUCAACUGCGAGUGCCACGUUAGACAUGGGAGCCAGGGGUGAUGCAGAUGGAGGAUCGACAGUAGGAUUGGGCACUGGAUCCGGGACAACUAAGAAGUCAACCACCGAGGACUGCCAGAUCUUCAAGCCAGCUCAGCCACAGUUAAUGAACCCGAAGGUUGAAAAUGGAGCUGCAUCACCAGCCUACGGCAUCUAAAAUUAUGAGAACUCGAUCUACGUUUGCUCGUAAUCCAUUGCUAAUGUUACUUUCGAUAUUUAACGAUUUACAUCCGAUUCCUUCGAGAAAAAGAAAAAUAAAGCACACGGGAAUUUUUGAGACUUAAAAUCGUAAACUCUUGUUCUUUAUUUAUACUAUUUCUGUUGUUUUUUUUUUUUGUUUUCAUUUAAAGUAUUGCAUGAGUGAAUUGAUUUGCGUAAUGUUUUAUAUCUGAAACGCUAUAAAACGCACCACUGAAUUAUGUCUGAGACUUGGGAUUGGAAAGUGGAAAUUCUUUCGACUGGGCUGUGAUUGAUUAAAGUUAUGCGAAUUGCUUUCAAUUGCUUAGCUUUGUGCGCAUCAAUUUCAUUUAAAUGCUGAAUGCUCAGUUGUUUCAACACAAAGGCAAUGGAAAUCGGAUUCAGUCGCAGGAAUCGCCUUGAUAGGUAAAAUAAACUUCUCAUCCUCGUAUCUGUGGUGUUUUUUUCUUUUCAGAUGUCUUAUCUAGGAGUUAUUGGUGUUUUUCAGGAGUAAUCGCAAUCGCAUUUACCAGAAACUAAAAUCAAUCAGUUCGAUAAGAUAAUUAAAUUCUUGACAAGAAGAUGGCAAACAUAAAUAAAACAAAUCAUAAGUUUUCUGGUAAACACGAUGAAUCUUUGUGGUUGUUUUUAUUAUUAUAAUUAUUUUGUAGUUGUAUACAUAUAAAUUAAAUUAUAAUUAAGUGUUUUUCUUUACUCUUUACAAACUGCAGUAAUGUGAUUUUCUCGGUUAAGAAAUGAGCAUGACAUUUUUUUGUUUUUUUCUAUAUGCUUACAUAUAAUUAGUUAGUACCUCUGAUUUGUAUUGUAUUGUUUUGAUGCUGUUUUUUUUGUUGUUGAUGCUAACGAAUCACUUCCAGCACUGAUCGUUGAGCUAAGAUUUGAACACUAACAUUUUCGUUUUACAAAAAAUGUACUAAAAUUGCUUUAGACUCCGUCACAGUGCUAAAAAUGUCUGGCUUGCAAACGUGAGUGGUUUGUUGUGUGGGUUCUAGAAAUAGUUGUAGAAAUUAAUUGAUUUAGCAAUUGAUUCUCUAGAGCAGGCGUCGACCAACAAAAACAAAUGAUAUGCUUCCAACGAAUCAAAAGUAUUUAAGCUUUAACAAAACAAGAAUAACUUGGGCAAAUAUUCGGACGCCUGCUACAAAACUCAAAAGAAUCUUACACGAUUUCAAAUGUUUUUAGUUCCCCUCCUCGCUUUCCUGCCUUCUCUUCCUCUUUUGCUGCAGCAGUUAUAUAAAUAUAUAUAUGUAUAUUUAGAUUUCUGGUAAGUCUAAAAGUUAACAUUAAAUUAUAUGAGUUUUGUUUUAUUUAUAUAUAUAUAUUUGUAUAUAUUUUUUGUUACAUGUUUUGCUUGUUUUACCUUGAGAAAAAUGUUAGUAGCUUGUGUUUCGUCUUCCAACUAUUAUAAUAAGUUUUGUGUUUUAUAUGGUUCUCAUCUCUCUUAUUUUUUUUGGGCUUUUCUUGAUUUUAUUUAAAAAAUAUGUACUAAAUUUUAGUUCACAACUGCGUUGGAAACACCAAAUCGUUUAAGUUGCUUGACUUAGUUUGGUUUACGACCUUGAACUCAUUACACAGAACGAAAAUAAAAAAAAGCGAAAACACAGUUCAUCCGCCCCUCAUCGAUUGCAUCAACCACGCCCCCGCUGCGGCGCCGGCACCGCAUUCGCCCUCUUACAAGCUCUCCAUCUCAACAUCAUUCGAUUCCCUAUAUAGACUAGCUAGUUAAAUGUGUCAGUGUCUGCAAAUUAGAUUUAAGUAGCAAAAGGUUUACAGGCUCUAAAAUGCGGCGGACUUUUGGGGCGCUGAACGUCGACGUUGAUGCGUUUUGCUUUUCAUUUUCCGCACUUUUCAUUCCUGCGGCUGGGUGCUGAAUUGAUUUUCGUUUCAUUUUCAAUGUUUUUUUAAAGAGGUUUGUGUUCUUGUGUGUUUUUGCUUGAUCUUAUUGUAGCUUGCUUUACCGCGCCUUACAUUUUUCUCGUGUUACCAUUUCUUCAUUACAUUUUUUUUUUUGUAUUUUUUAUAUUAUUUUUCAAGUCUUUCUUUUGCUCUUUUUAAUUGCAUUUUACAAAGGUUUUUCAUUUUUUUGUUCUUUUUUUUUUUUUGUUUUGUUUUCUGUUUAUAACUUUAGCUAAGUUGUUUAAGUUUUCCCUUUUAAUUUCUUGUUUUAUUUAGCUUAAGUAAUUGUGGUUAUUCAAUGAUAAAUCAAACGAAAAUGUGUUGCAUUGCUCCUUUCAUUCAUUUUAAAACCAAUUUCUCUCAUCCUGCGAACUUAAGUUAGAUUCAUGUUGAAGGUAGUUUGCCAAACAAUAGUUGAAAUUAAAGUUUACAUUUAUGCUAAGAUGGGUAAGUGAGUGUGUCUUCCGUCUGUUUGUGUUUGUUCGAUGAGUGUUUAUCUAAUGGGUGUGUUUGGUUGAGACUUAAACAUAAUACACGUAUUUCAAGGUGAAGGUGAUUCCGUGAGGGGGUGGGUGGUAGAGAGUAGCAGUUGACGAGCUGAAGCUUUCUUUUUGGAUACACAACAGAGAUUUGCACAGAAUUUCGGUAUCUUUUGGCACGAACUGGCUGGAAAAAGCGAGCCAAACGCAAUUAAACUAAGGAGAGACUCAAGACCUUAGCUUUUACACAUUGUUUUGUUUUGUUUUAGCUCGACACCCCGAGUUGCGCUCAGGAACAUUUAAAGGACAGUUGACAGUUUUUGUUGCUCCAACUACUUUUAUGUUGGUGGAUUUGCGUGUGUCUUUGUGUGUUUAAUUGCAUGAGAUGUUCUUGAAUGUUAAUUGAUUGAUUGCAUUGUGGAAGAAGUCGAUGUUCUUAACGUUGGGUUCUUGCUGUUCUUAUUUUUGUGGCUA